CGAGGAGCCCCCCUUCCGAAGGGCAUCGGCGAGCUCGGCGCGUCCCUUGUGGUCGGCAUCUAGCCGACUCGACACCCUGCACAGCCAGGAUGGCCCUCCGCCCGCUGCUCUCAUCGGGCCUUCGGCGCCCUCUGUCGCAAGGAUCCGCCUCGUCGAUGGUCAGCUUGAUGCCGUCCAGCACUGGCUUGUCCCUCCCCGUCCCCCCGCAGCACCGCCGCUCGUACCACAACUGGAGUCGUACGUGGGGUCACGACUGGGAGCUGCCCAAGGACACCAUGCCCAAGGACAUCAAGAAGCUCAUGCGCAAGGACCCCACACAGAUGAACUUUUUCGAGAACUACUGGUACUGGCAGCUGCGGGGCCAGGCCUCCCUGGUCAACCCCGAACGGCUCCCGACCCUCAGCUACCGGCAGCUGGCGCGCGACAUGGGUUUCGCCAAGAUCCACGAGCCCGCCGAGCACAUGGUGGGCCUCAUCGAGCUGUACGAGUACCUCUGCCAGUCGCCAUUCAUCGGACCCUUCGGCACCGUCGAAAACCCCUGCCUCGUCCCGUCCGUCCACAACAUGCGGUGAGGCAGUGAGUGAGGCAAUCAUGCACACCCGGCCGGGACACACUGCUUACGGGUGGGUGGGUGGGUGCGUGUGUGUGUGUGUGUCAGUGGUGUGGGUUGCACUGGCGGCACGGGCGACAACGAGCACCACGCUCUGUGGUUCUUCUGCCGUGAGGGGUUCCUCUACCGCUGCGGCGAGUGCGACCAGAUCUUCAUGCUCGUCAGGGUCCAGUACGACCUGCCGGACGGGUCAGAGCCAUUCCCCGUCGAUGAAGACGUAAGAGCACACACACACACACACAGUCGGCCACAUGCACGGACAGGAAUGGACAGCGUCCACCGGUGUUGUGGGUUUUGUGUUGUGUGUCAUGCAGAUUGACGACAUUUUUGACUACAGUCUGAUCGAGAAGGGCCAGAAGAUGUGGAACGCCGGCGACUACGUCCACUGGGGCGAAGGCGAUGUCGCCUACAGGGACGUUUACCUAUACGGUACGUCGGUACACACCUGACACUCACACUCACACUCACACUCACACACCCAUCAUCCCUCUCACUCACACCGAUUCACACACCAAUGGGGGUGGCUGCCUCUGUCUUUUCCUUCUUGUCGUGGACGUCUUGUAGGUGGGGGUCCUCCUGACGAGACCGAGUUGCUCGAGGAGAACAUCACGCCCGAGCAUCUGGCGGAGCUCAAGAAGGAGCAGCUCCGCGGCUACUGGAGCGAGCACCUCAAGGCGGGCGAGACAUCCAUCCCCGCACCGGACCCCAAGUACGACAAGCAGCAAAUCGAGAGCAGCGAGGGAGGCAGCAAGUGAUAAUGGGGGCGGGAGCAGUCGUGUUGUCAUGCGAGGCUGUGAGCUG